AUAUAAUUAUGAAAUCGUACAUAAAAUCUGUACAAUUUUUCACAUUGCCGGAAACUUUUAAUCUCAGCCGUUAAAAAACAGUUCCCUUCUUCACACACACACACACGCAGUGAAAGAUGGCCACAGCCCUCUCGGUCCGGCCCAACCGCUACAUCGCCGGCGGAAGACCGGGCGGUUCGACCCAAUCCAGACUAUCUCCGGUCACUCAGAUGCUUAACCUGAACCGCCGCCCACAGUUCAGGCGCCGCCUAUUAGCCCCACCGCUGCGAGCUAGCUCACGAGCCGACGACUCUGCGCCGUUGGAGAUGUCGGUGGAGAACGCCCUCAAAUUAUUGGGGGUAUCUGAGGGAGCAUCUUUUGAGGAUAUUCUCCGAGCCAAGAAUUCUGUUAUUGCUUCAUGUAAAGAUGACGAACAAGCAGUUGCUCAGGUAGAGACUGCAUACGAUAUGUUGCUAAUGCAGAGCUUAUCACAACGCAGAGCAGGUAGAGUUGUUAAUAGCGGGAUCCGUUAUGCUGAUGUCAAACCCGUAAAUACUUCUAAAAAAUCAGGGUCAAUGCCUAAAUGGCUGCAGAGUUCCGUAAACUUCAUGGCGAUAUCAGUUGAAUCACCGUCUACUAAAGACUUACCCCUGCAAGCUGGGGUGUACGGAGCUCUCGUGGUCUUAACAUACGUGAGCGGAGCCUCUUCAUCUUCGUACCAAGACAAUGCUCCCGGCCUUUUAUUAGCUGCUAGUUUCGGGGCAUCCUUGUAUUUCAUGACAAAGAGAAAUGUUAAAUUAGGGAAAGCAAGUGUACUAACACUUGGAGGGCUUGUGGCCGGUUCAGUGGUGGGGUCCGCUGUGGAGAGCUGGUUGCAGGUUGAUAUCGUCCCGUUUGUUGGGAUACAUUCCCCGGCGACUGUAGUGAGUGAAUUUGUAAUUUUCUCGCAAUUUUUGAUCUCAUUGUACUUGAGUUAGUUACAGAAGCCAAAAUAUGUUGAUAGCUGUUGUUAUAUACAAUGUGGAAAUAUAAUGUGUUUUAGAACGUAUACGAGUAAAUAAAAUUUUACUUGUGGAAGUUAUUAUGUU